ACCUGACAUGGCACAGACACUUUGUUAAAUGGGAGCUAAUCCACUGCAUGUAGUGUGUAUGUUCAUAGGAAUGAUUUCUUUUUUUAUAAGCAUAAAGUGCGUAUCUACUUGCUCAUAAAUGGAUGAUGUUCCCUGUCUUCGUGUGUCUCCUUGUCAGACACAGCAUUUCAGGUGCUAUCUUCAGUCCAGAGGGUUUUUUGAUAACCGUUUCAGUCUGGUUAAACAACCAGACGGGACAGUCCUCCUUCCCCUUUUAGCCUCCUCCCUCCCACAGCUGGAGCUUCAGGCUCUGAAAAUGUCUUCAGGUUCAGAUGUUUGUGAUUUAACCUGGAGUCAGUCUCUGCUAAAGCAAAGAAAAGAGAAGGGGAGAACAGGUGGAAAUAAACUGGAGAGAACCCUUCAAGAGCUGUUGGAGCGUCAGGGUGAAAGAUGGACAGAGGAGUUGAGGAGGGAUCUUCCUCGGGGCUUUCAGAGGCACGGAGAUCUCAUCCUGCUGGGGGACAACUGUUUUACCCUGCCUUUAUGGUCCAAAACAGGUGAUCAGUUAUGGACUGCAGUUACCAAAGCUCUGGGAGCACAGCGGCUGGCAAAGAUGAGCCCAAUAUCCAAGGAUGGAUUUAGGACUCCUGUAGUAACGAUGCUGCUAGGUGACAACAGCUGGGUCACACAUGUAGACAAUGGCAUCAGCUAUGAGUUUGACGUUACCAAGUGCAUGUUUUCAGCUGGGAACAUCACAGAAAAGCUCCGUGUGGCUGGAUUCGACUGCAGAGGAGAGACUGUGGUGGACUUGUAUGCAGGUAUUGGAUACUUCACCCUCCCAUAUCUGGUGCAUGCGAAGGCCAGUCAUGUCCACGCCUGUGAGUGGAACCCUGACGCCGUUGCUGCUUUACAGAAAAACCUUAAAGUAAACGGGGUAUCAGACCGCUGCACCAUUCAUCAAGGAGACAACCGUCAAGUCCAGCUGUGCAAUAUGGCCGACCGUGUAAACUUGGGUCUAAUUCCGAGCUCUGAGGACGGCUGGCCCAUCGCAUGUCGGCUGCUGAAGAAGACAACUGGCGGCAUUUUGCACAUUCACCAGAACGUCACCUCUCCGAUACAGAGGGCUGCUGUCAGAGACGGUACUCCUCAGGUUUCUCCAAAGAAAGCUGACAGAGAGGUGUGGCAGGGCUGGGCUGAUGAUACUGCAAACAGAAUAGCUUCCCUUCUGCAGGAUCUCUGUGGUGCACCGUGGCUAAUAAAUAUCCAGCACAUAGAGCAUGUGAAAUCUUAUGCACCUCAUUUGAACCAUGUUGUGCUGGAUUUGGACUGCAGACCAUCCUGAAUGAAUGGCUGAAAAAGCUGUACUUCCUUUUACUCAAGGGUAUCCUGUGCAAACUAAGUCUAAUUACCCUGACUCUGGAGGACUUGGGAAACACAUUCUUUCAGCUCAAACAAGCUCCUCUUAAGGAAAGCUUAUGUGUUAUAUUGAUGUUGCUGAAAGGCUUCGUUUAAAGACACAUCGUUGUUGGAAUACUCCCCAAAUCUUCUGCAAAUACCUGAUGGCUGUUUAGAACUAGACGUGAAGAUCUGCUUAAAACUCAACUGGAUUAUUAAAAUAGUUUUCUUGUUUGUGGAUGUUUUGAAUUCUCUUCAGGUAUCAUUUUUAAUACUCUUGAGGUCAAAAGAAAGUUUCAUCAAAAGGAAAGAAGAAUGAUUGAAGAUUUCAGAGAGCAGCCUUCAAGUUUCGUUGGAGUGGAUAUAAUUUGAAUCAUAUGGUGUACCCUUCAAAAUAAUCCUAUCUGAGCAUGGUCGAGUAGAUAAUGAAAGAUUUACUCCCUAAAAAGGAUUUCUCUUCUCUGUGGUUAAGGUUUGUCUGCUAAAGCACAAAGUCAGGAUUGUUACAAAGGAACAAUGAAGCAUGGACAACAUUCUGAACAUAUACGGUUUCAGUCAGAAAUGCUGCUACAUUCUUCCUUUCCAUGAAUGUCAUUAUUUUGGCCUUAAAUGCAGCAUUCAGCAAAUGUUUAUAAAAUAUGUGUAGUGGGGAAAAAGGUAUUAAACUAUGCAGUCCAGUUAAAUAAAGGAGAUAGGUGUUAAUUCACUCAGUCAGGACAUUAACAAGAUGGCAUCAUCUCCAGCUCUGCUCUGACUAUAUAAGGUUUGUUUCACUACCUGCAGGAAGGCUGUGAAGGUCUCCACAUACCGUUACUCAAAUUGCCUACAGACAUUUAAAAAAAACAUAAAAUGUUAUGAAAUAAACCUUGAGAAACAGUCUAGCUUGUUAUGAGAAUGAUUAUUUUUAUCCCUAAUAGGAUAAACAACCCCUCUCCCUUAGACACCUUGGUGCCUUGCAGCUCCGAGGCCUGAAUGGA